AUGCGUGAGAUUAUUCACCUCCAAACCGGCCAAUGCGGCAACCAAGUCGGCACGGCUUUCUGGCAAACCAUUCAUCCCGAACAUGGCUUGGAUCAGGAUGGAGUGUUCCAAGGAACCGAUGAGCAACAAUCUGAGCGAUUGAACGUCUACUUCACCGAGGCCGGAAGACAAAAGUAUGUCCCCCGCGCGGUCCUGGUUGACCUCGAGCCCGCCACCAUGGAAGCCAUCCGCUCCGGCCCGCUGGGCAACCUCUUCCGCCCCGACAACAUGGUCAACGGCCAGUCCGGCGCAGGUAACAACUGGGCAAAGGGCCACUACACCGAGGGCGCCGAGCUCGUCGACUCCGUCCUCGACGUCGUGCGCCGCGAAGCCGAGGCCUGCGACAGCCUCCAGGGAUUCCAAAUCACCCACUCGCUCGGCGGCGGCACGGGAUCCGGCAUGGGCACCCUCCUCAUCGCAAAGGUUCGCGAAGAAUUCCCCGACCGCAUGAUGGCCACCUUCUCCGUCCUGCCCUCCGCCAAGGUGUCCGAGGUCGUCGUCGAGCCCUACAACGCCACCCUGUCGAUCCACCAGCUCGUCGAGAACUCGGACGAGACGUUCUGUAUCGACAACGAGGCGCUGUACGACAUCUGCCGGCGCACGCUCAAGCAGGCUCAUCCUUCGUACGGGCACUUGAACCACCUCGUGUCGAGGGUCAUGUCCGGCCUGACGACUGGUUUCCGCUUCCCGGGCCAGCUCAACGCCGACCUCCGCAAGUUAGCCGUGAACCUCGUCCCCUUCCCUAGAUUGCACUUCUUCACCGUCGGAUUUGCGCCGCUCACGUCUUCCGCCUCCUUCUCGAACCUCGGUGUCGCCGAGCUCACGCAGCAAAUGUUUGACCCCAAGAACGUCAUGUUGGCCUCUGACUUCAGAGACGGACGCUUCUUGACUUGCUCCACCAUGUUCCGCGGAAAGGUGUCGAUGAAGCAGGUCGAAGACCAAAUUCACGCCAUCAAGACCAAGAACUCGACCAACUUUGUCGAAUGGAUCCCCAACAACAUUCAGACGGCCCACUGCUCCGUCCCGCCCCAGGGUCUCGACGUCUCGUCCACCUUUAUCGGAAACUCCACUGCGAUUCAAAACAGUUUCCGCAGAGUGGGCGACCAGUUCAGCGUCAUGUUCCGGAGAAAGGCCUUCUUGCACUGGUACACUGGCGAGGGCAUGGACGAGAUGGAGUUCACAGAGGCUGAAUCCAACAUGAACGACUUGGUGUCUGAGUACCAGCAAUACCAGGAUGCGGGCAUGGAUGAUGAAUACGCCGAGGAGUACGAGGAUGAGGCGCCCGCCGAGGAGGAAUAG